ACCCAAAGGAUCCGAUUGAUCUGAAAACACCACAAAAAUUCUUGAAAUCAGUUCGAAAUUUUUCUUGAGAUCGAAACCCUUUAAUCGAGAAGAUGAGCGACGUAUUUGAAGGUUACGAGCGUCAGUACUGCGAGCUCUCAACCAAUCUCUCCAGAAAAUGUCAGUCUGCAUCGGUUCUCUCCGACGUAGAAGAGAAGAAGGGGAAGAUUGCUGAGAUAAAGUCUGGAAUAGACGAAGCUGAUGUCUUGAUCCGCAAAAUGGAUCUUGAAGCAAGAAGUUUGCAGCCGAGUGCUAAAGCUGUGUGUCUUUCUAAACUAAGAGAGUAUAAAUCUGAUCUCAACCAAUUGAAGAAAGAAUUUAAACGAGUCUCGUCCGCAGAUACUAAGCAGUCUUCCCGUGAAGAAUUGAUGGAAUCCGGAAUGGCGGAUCUGCAUGUGGUAUCUGCUGAUCAGAGAGGGAGAUUGGCAAUGUCAGUGGAGAGGCUUGACCAAUCAAGCGACAGAAUCAGGGAGAGUAGAAGACUAAUGCUGGAGACAGAAGAGGUAGGCAUCUCAAUUGUCCAAGAUUUGAGUCAGCAACGCCAAACCCUCCUUCAUGCGCACUCUAAGCUUCAUGGUGUCGAUGACGCCAUUGACAAGAGCAAGAAGGUGUUGACGGCUAUGUCAAGAAGAAUGACGAGGAACAAAUGGAUUGUUACUUCGGUAAUCGUGGCUCUCAUUCUGGCAAUCAUCUUGAUAAUCUCAUACAAGCUUUCUCAUUAAUAUACUCAAACAUAAUUCAUCGUGGUUGUGUGUAUAUAUAUGAAUGAUUGUUGAUUCCUUUGUAUUGGCCCCAAGUGUUUAACUUGUAUUCUAAGUACGUUGUGUGUAUUGAAGUGGCAACAAUAUUUUUAUCAUUCAUAAGAUUUCCCAAGUACUUAUUA